CCACGCCGUCCGUCUCCAGGGCAACCCGGCGCCUCCUAGCAACCGCCCGCCCCGCUAUGGCGGCCGCGGGUCCCAGCGUCUUCCUGCUCAUGGUCAACGGGCAGGUGGAGAGCGCCCAGUUUCCUGAGUAUGACGAGCUCUACUGCAAGUACUGUUUCGUGUACGGCCAGGACUGGGCCCCCACGGCGGGGCUGGAGGAGGGCAUCUCACAGAUCACGUCCAAGAGCCAAGAUGCACGGCGCGCGCUGGUGUGGAACUUCCCCAUCGACGUCACCUUCAAGAGCACCAACCCCUGUGGCUGUGAGACCGGAGAACAGCAGAGCUCCAGAGAUGUCGCGGCCCCGGGAGUACUGCUGAUUCCAGCACGGGUGACUGUCAUGCUGCUCAGGGCUUUCUGGGCCGCGGGCCCAGGAACCAAGGAGACCUUGCAACCCCGGCCGAGACUGCAGAGCUCUGUCCCAGGACAGGAGACGCGGGAGACCGGCCCGCAGCGGCCUGCAGCCCAGCUCCCCACAGCCCCACCCCAGACAUGGUGCAAAACCUCCACAAACUGCGUCUGGCGGGGCCCAGAAGAUGACGUGUCACCAGCAAGGGGAGUUGAAUCAGAAGUAAUAAGUUCGUGUAGUGUCUGAAGUCAGUGAGAUUUACUGCACUGAGAAGAAAAAAGUCACCAUCAUCCCCAUCAAUGGAGAUGUGAUAAAAUGCAGCACGCAUUCGUGAUAAAGCUGCAGCAAACCAGGAGUAGAAGGAAACCUGCUAACCUGAUGAAGGCGACCCUCAGAAACUCGGAGCAGGCUCCGCUUCCCAGUGAGGUGUCAGGAGACUCCUCUCCGAGAUCAGGGUGCGUGCUGUCGCCACCAACACUGUGCAGCUCGGAGGUGCAAGAGUUAGAGUCACGUCACCUGCCAUUACUCACGGUGACAUGCUGAUGUGGAAUUUCCGAAACAGCCGACAGUAAAUGAUUCAUCAGUGGGCAUGACUGCCAAAUACAAGAUGAGUACAAAAAUCAGCUGC